UCACAUGACAGCUCACAAGUGGAUUUGCAGAGAAAUGAGCCGACAUGGGAACCUUUUAUGGACUUUAAUAUACUCCUAAAAGUUUUUGGAACGUUCGCUCAACUUUGCAAACUAUUAGUUUUUUUUUCGUCCAUAUCAAACACUUAUUUCCGGCGUUGCUAUGAUCGUAGCCAGGAAACGUUUAUUCGAAUGCCGGGUCAGGACAUGUCACUGAUUAACUUUCCUAGUAUAAAGUUUAUUGGCGUGCUCUUCGUCAAAACAAUCAGUGGGAAAUACAUAGGGAAAAAUAAUAAUAAAACGUGGGACUGUAAAGAUAGAGUUGCAAGAUGACAGAGCGAACCCCUCUCCUCCACUACCGACUCUCCACUAGCGUCAAUGAAUCCGAGCUACGGGCACCUCCGACCGGCCAGAUGCCGGAGGAGCGCCCAGCCACCCUCCGGCACCGGUUCUCCCAGAGUCAACCAAAGAAGCUGCCCACUUUCUCCGGUGUGGUCAUUCCAACCUUGCUGUCAAUGUUCAGUGUGGUUGUUUUUCUGAGAAUUGGUUUCCUGGUUGGCCAGUCGGGACUGUACCAAGGAAUUGCCAUGUUUAUCGUGGCCUACUUCAUAAUCUGCAUGACUGUGCUGUCAGUAUGUGCCAUCUCCACCAAUGGAGCGCUAGACGCUGGGGGGGCUUAUUACAUGAUCAGCCGAGCGCUGGGCCCAGAAUUUGGCGGGAGUAUCGGAAUUAUGUUCUUCUUGGCUAAUGUGUGUGCUUGUGCUCUUUAUGUGCUGGGUUUGGUUGAAGCCAUGGUUUCCACCUUUGGCGUGCCAGAAGAUGGCGCACUAGCUGCAUCUUCCUACCAAGUUCUGCCAUCAGGCUACUGGUGGUCUCUACUUUACGCCACAGCCAUCGCCCUGCUCUGUUUGCUUGUGUGCAUGGUCGGUGCUCACAUUUAUGCCAAGGCCACCUUUGUAAUCUUCCUUGUGGUCAUGUUUGUCCUGGGCACCAUCUUCAUCAGCUUUUUUGCUGUGCACCCACGCACCAUCAUUCUGCCUAGUUCUGCUGACUCCAACCCUAUUGUAAAUGGAACAGGCCCCACCGCAGCAAACUUUACCGGCUUCAAAUUAGACACCCUUCUUGGGAACCUGUGGGCCGACUACACUGUGGAUUACACAACAGGGAAUCUGAUGACCUUUGCCACCGUUUUUGCGGUGAUGUUUAAUGGGUGCACUGGCAUCAUGGCGGGCUCUAAUAUGUCAGGUGAUCUCAAGAAUCCAAGCUACUCCAUUCCACGUGGUACUAUCACUGCUGUCAUCUUCACCUUCAUUAUCUACAACCUGCUCAGCGUUCUUGUGGCCUGUUCCUGUGACCGGGUGCUGCUUCAAAAAGAUUACAGUUUUCUGAGAGAUAUUAAUGUGUGGAAUCCCUUUGUCACCAUUGGAGUUUACUCCUCCACACUUUCAGCAGCAAUGAGCAACCUCAUUGGAGCCUCACGCAUCCUCUAUGCAUUAGCCAAAGAUGACUUGUUUGGUAAAGUGUUGUCUCCUGCAAAAAAGACAUCGAACAGUGGCAACCCGUGGGUCUCUGUCCUUAUUUCCUGGUUCCUUGUACAAUUGGUGCUGUUUUCUGGAAAGCUCAACACCAUUGCCAGUAUUGUGACUAUUUUCUUUCUGCUGGUUUAUGCCGCUGUGGACUUGGCAUGCCUCGCUCUGGAAUGGGCAUCUGCACCCAAUUUCAGGCCCACGUUUCGUUACUUCACCUGGCAUACGUGUGUGUUGGGCAUCGUAGGCUGCGCCGUCAUGAUGUUUCUCAUCAAUUCCAUCUAUGCCUCAGCCAGCAUCGCCUUCAUGCUGCUGCUGCUUCUGCUGAUUCACUACCUCAGUCCAACUUCAAGCUGGGGCUACAUCAGCCAGGCUCUCAUUUUCCACCAGGUACGCAAGUAUUUGCUCAUGCUGGAUGUGAGGAAGGAUCACGUCAAGUUCUGGAGGCCGCAAGUUCUGCUGAUGGUCUCCAACCCGCGAAGCAGUGUAGGCCUCAUCACCUUCAUCAACGAUAUUAAAAAGAGUGGACUGUACGUGCUGGGGCAUGUCCAACUUGGCGAACUCAACACAUUACCCUCUGACCCUCUACAAUCUCAGUAUGCCUCCUGGUUGUCUCUGGUGGAUCAUCUCAACAUCAAGGCCUUUGUCAACCUGACGCUGGCUGAUUCAGUGCGUCAUGGAAUCCAGCACCUUCUGUUCAUUUCUGGACUAGGUGGGAUGCGCCCCAACACCCUUGUCCUGGGUUUUUAUGAUGACAGCCUCCCAAAGGACAAGCUCUCCACAAAUCAUUUGACAGAUCUUUCUUGCCUCUCCCAUGAUCCUGAGCAGCACCAAACUCCGUUCCAUUUUGCUUCCCUUCGGUCCAGUUCUCGGGCUGCAAAUGAUGACGUGCACGGUGGCAAGGUUUUGGGGCCCCCGGAGUAUGUAGCAAUCAUUGCAGAUGCCAUGAAGAUGCUGAAGAAUGUGGUUUUGGCACGUUAUUUUAACGGUUUUGACCGAACAGAGGCUUUGUCAAGGGCCUCCUCCUCUCCAGGGAAGAGUUUUGUGUAUGUGGACGUCUGGCCAGUCAACCUUCUGCGUCCGGACAGCACAAGCUACGUGGAUACCUGCUCUCUGUUCUUGCUGCAGCUAGCUUGCAUUCUCAAUAUGGUCCGAGCCUGGCGUAAAGCCACACUACGUCUCUUUCUUUGCGUGGAGGAAGGGAGGAGUGUGAGAGGCUUGGAAGAGAAGCUAGGACAACUGCUGAAAGAACUGAGAAUUAAAGCUCAAAUUUGCCCCGUGCCAUGGGACCAGCAAGUGGCGCUACACUGGCAGCGCCAAGGUGAAUGGGACAAGAGGCGAUCAUCUCAGUCCUCCAAGGACGAGAAGAAACUGGGAAAAGACGAAGAGGAUGAAGACGAUUCCGUCAACAGCUUGCCAAGCAACAUCACGCGGUUGUCUGAUGACUACCUGUCAGCUGUCAAUCAGCUCAUCCUCGACCAGGCCCAGCCACCGCCCGCUGUGCGCUUUCUAUACUUGCCCCGCCCACCAGCUGACACCCGUCAUUACAAUUCUUACUUGCAUCAGCUGGAGCUGCUGACUCGUAACCUGGGCCCCACUUUGCUCAUUCAUGGUGUGACGCCUGUCAUCACCACUGAUAUCUGAGCACUCCCCUAUCUGUCACAUGCAGUAAGGCAGGACUUCAUGCUUCGUGCAGUCCUAUUGGCUGAUCAAGAUGCUGUCUGUAGCUGACAUGUCACUCAACAGCAUACUGGAUGAACAGCCCUUGAGAUCUGACCAAAACAUGAGUACUACAAUAUGGACCAAACCAUAUCUUUAUUUUAACUUCAUGAACUCUUGGAGGGCCCGUUAAAGACUGUGGAAAAGUCGGAUGUGGUCUGCUGGCCAUACCUUGCCCAGGUCUAUAAUUUUGGAGAUCUUUAUGGCUUACAUCAUUAUAAAGUAACGGUGUUAGCUGGAGGCAAAUGAAGAGAAGCUUGAAGUAAACUCUGCUAUUUUCAUGCAGAAAAAUGUCAUCUUGUUGUGGUAUUGUUAUAUUCACUCACAUGAUCAUUUUUCUCGUUCAUUCAUACGUACCCACUAUGUCGAAAUGUGCAAAGCAACCGCACUGGGUCUUUUUGCCUCCAGCUAAGCCAUGACCCCAAAUCAUGCCACAUUGUUUACAAAUUCCAAAGAGGUCCAUAGUAUACAUUCUUCAUAAGAAUGUUUUUAAUGAAGGUAAAAAGUCAUGAUCAUUUUGAAUACUCCUGUGAAGGAUGACAAAGACACUAAGUGCAUCUAUAAUACAUAUCAUGAAUACGUAACAUGGCCAACCUACAUGGGAAUUUAUCCUCUCAUCAAGAUGUCCCCCACCCAUAUCAUUCCAUCCCACACUGGCGAGAGGUUUCCACUGGUUGAUACAGUCUGAGCUCAAUUUUAAGUGUCCCCUGGCUUCCCUUGUGGCCUAGAGAUGGGUUGCCCUACAAUUUUGUUAAAAUGAUCAUUCCAAACACCUUCAGACCAAAAAGUGCCGAGCGUGUUAGUGAUCUAAUGUGUGGAACUAGUCCAGCCUGGACAGGAAUUCUGACUGUUAAUUUUCAUAGCAAGUACACUCCAGAGAGCGGGUUUCCAAUUUUAGGAUAGAAAGCUUUUUUCUUUAUUUGUUUGUUUUUCCGUCAUUUUGUUCAGCAAACUGAACAAUUCACAGUGUUUGCAACUGCUUAGCAGAUUUUUAGAAUUGUUUUAGAAUUGAAUUAUCGUUAGUACUGCCUGAUCAGUUUGAUUUAUCAAGUGCCAAAAUAAAUGCAUUUGUAAUUGUUAGCCACAAUUUCAACUGCUGUGUCAUCACCAAGCCGCAAGCACCAAGUGUAACAUAUUUAGUUCCUCCCCCAAAAAACGCCAAUUUGGCAUAAUGUAUGCUACAGCAGUUGAUCCACUUCAGGGUAUUGAAUUUAUAUACUUAUUAUACUUAUACUAGGUGUUCACAUUGUUUGAAUUGAGAUAUUUAUGGUACUUGCCGUUUGAUUUCCAUUGGUACGACUGACUCAACAGUGCUCCUUACACAAAUGUUAUGAUACAUUUCAUGAUAUUAUUGUACGUGAUGCAUCAUGCUUAUUUAUGAAAAAAAUAAAGAGUUUUGAUCACUGUGAAAUUCUAGAUAAAAAGGUGCUGAAAUAAAGGUAAACUUAGAUAAAUAAA